AUGGUCGUUGCGACAAUCAAGUGCGUCGUAGUCGGUGACGGUGCGGUCGGCAAGACAUGUCUCCUCAUCAGCUACACCACGAACAAGUUUCCCUCGGAAUAUGUCCCUACUGUUUUCGACAACUACGCCGUCACCGUAAUGAUUGGUGACGAGCCGUAUACCCUUGGUCUCUUUGACACAGCCGGACAAGAGGAUUACGACCGUCUGCGACCACUCUCAUACCCCCAGACCGACGUCUUUCUCGUUUGCUUUUCCGUGACGUCGCCUGCCUCAUUCGAAAACGUUCGCGAGAAAUGGUUCCCUGAGGUACACCACCACUGCCCUGGGGUGCCUUGCCUCAUCGUUGGCACACAGGUCGAUCUCCGGGACGAUGCGCAAGUCAAAGACAAACUGCUCAAGCAGAGAAUGGCCCCAGUCAAGCGGGAAGACGGUGAGAGGAUGGCAAGGGAGCUUGGCGCAGUCAAGUACGUCGAGUGCUCGGCAUUGACACAAUAUAAGCUCAAGGAUGUUUUCGACGAGGCCAUUGUAGCCGCGCUCGAGCCACCAGCGACAAGAAAGGAAGGCAAGCACAAAAAAGAAAAGAAAUGUAUCAUACUUUGA